AUGCAGUUUCUCUCGAUCAUCUCCGUUGCCUCUCUUGCGGUCGGUUGUGCCGCAUGGGCUAGCGACGGGCACGGAACGUGGGUUGCCAACAACAAAUGGUAUGACUGGGCGCCACCUCUGGGAAUCAAACAGAAGUGGGUUCAAGAGGCAUGCACUAUUGUGAACAGGAAUUAUGUCGUUUAUUCCAAUGGCGAGUCAUGUGCGUAUUGGACCAAUGGCCAGGGUGGCAUGUUCCAAGGG